AUUUCUUGGAGAGCAGGAAAGAGAAUUUUCUGCGUCACGCUAUUUCGUGAUCCUGUAUAUCAAGCUAACCUAAUCGCGACGUUCAAUCCCGAUAGAAGAAAAAGUUUUUUUUUCCGAAGUCGUCGGUACUAUCCUUUUGCUUUACGGUGAAGGAGAUUUCUCCGCUUAAUUCUGUUCAUCUACGGUCUACCGAUCGGUUUGGAAAGAGGAAGUCGACCAUGGAGAAAAGUUCCUUUAAGCUUGAGCAUCCUCUAGAAAGGAGGCAAGCAGAGGCUUCCCGAAUUAGGGAGAAAUAUCCAGACAGAAUUCCUGUAAUCGUGGAGAAAGCUGAGAGGAGCGACAUACCAGACAUUGAUAAGAAAAAGUAUCUCGUCCCAGCUGAUCUAACCGUUGGACAGUUUGUCUAUGUUGUUCGAAAGAGAAUCAAGCUUAGUGCUGAGAAAGCCAUAUUCAUCUUUGUCAAGAAUACUUUACCACCCACAGCUGCGAUGAUGUCUGCCAUUUAUGAGGAGAACAAAGAUGAAGAUGGUUUUCUUUAUAUGACCUACAGUGGAGAGAACACAUUUGGGUCCUUCUAAAUCUCGGAGGAAUCUACUUAUAUCUCUGUAAAUACCAUGACCCAACAUAAGAACAGGGUGUACAUUCUUUCGCAGAUCUCAUGCUUCCCCAAUCCUCUACUAAUUUGCUUUGUAUGACCAUUGACAUUAAUCUGAAAUUUCUGGAUCUGUUUAUUUCUGUAAUUCUUCCUUUAAAUUGUUUCUUCUGAUUUUUAA